AUGGAUAUUAUAGAGUUGGAUUAUAUUUUUAAAACUGUUAAUAAUAGUAUUAGGAGCACUAUAAAGUCAAAGAAUAUUUUUAAACCCUUUAAUGAAGUUUUUAUAGACAACAGUAUUGUAGAAUCAGGAUGCACUUUUGGAACUUUAGAUGAGGCUUAUGCAACUAUUAAGAGAUAUGCUAUACAAACAAAUACUGUU